GAGAGCAUUAACAAAAUGGAAGCUCCAAUAGACUCUUAAAGGCUCUUCAAAACCUUAAGAGUCUAUUCUCUCUCCUCUCUUUUAAGAGUCUCUCACUCACUCUUAAGUUAUAUUUUAUUAUAAAGUAAUACAAGCAUCCACUUUCUCUUUCCACUCUAGUAUUGUAGUCCUAUUCAUUUAAUAAUAAAAUAUUGUUUAGGAGUGGAUGUAAAGAGUGUUGUUGGAGAUGAAUAUACAUUAAAUUGUUAAGAGUGAAUAUUUUAUAUUAUAUUUGAGGAAUGACUUAAGAGACUAUUGGAGAUGCUCUAAUAGGAGUUAUCACUGAAGAGACUUUCAUCUGCUUAGAAAAUGAAGCGUCAUCAAUUAUCAGGUUAUCAGAAAAGGCAAAAGAAAUUGAAAUCGAUGGAAGCAGAUAAAUUGCAAAUGGGCUCACUGCACAAAUUUUUUGGGAAAAAGGACUCCAAAAAUACUAAUGUUGGGGUUUCUAAUGAAGAUGCAGAUGUUAGAGAAGAGGCUGAAAAUGAGGGGACCCAUGUUGAAUUUGAGCCAGAGAUUGAAAUCGAAGAGCAAACUGAAAAUGCUACAAUUGGGCUUGUUGAGAAUGAUGCGGAAGAUGUUGAGGAAGAAAACACAAAUAAUACAAUCAAUUAUGAUCCUGGAACUUGGAAGAACAUUGAUCAAUGGCUAAGAGAUUCGUUGGUUAGAAAAGGUCCUGUGAGAAUUAUUGUAGACCGAUUUCCAAAAGAUUCAAGCAACAGACAUUUUUCUGCGAUGCAUUAUACUCGGAUUCUACCUAAUGGGGACAAGCAAGAUAGAAAGUGGCUUGUUUAUUCACUCUCAGCAAACAAGGAUUUGGACUAUUUAGCAAGCUUGAAGAAGUUCUUCUUGAUCUUGGACUUGAUAUUGACGAUGUUAGAGGACAAGCUUAUGACAAUUGAGCAAACAUGAAAUGGAAGCAUAAGGGUGUUCAGAAAAGACUACUCGAUGUCAACCCUCGAGCCUUCUACACUCCCUGUGGUUGUCACAGUCUAAAUCUUGUGCUUUGCGACAUGGCAAAUUGUUGUAGUAAAGGUUCUAACUUUUUUGGGUUAUACAAAGGUUAUACACGUUGUUUUCAUCUUCAACACAACGAUGGGAUAUUCUUAAAAAAUUUGUUAAUGGCCUGACAUUAAAGCCAUUAUGUGCAACGCGAUGGGAAAGUCAUGUCGAAAGUGUAAGAGCGGUAAGAUUUCAAACUUCUAAAUUAAGGGAUGCAUUGGUUCAUCUUAGUAAUGUCACUCAAGACUCUAUGAUAAGGAAUGAAGCUAGAAGUCUGGUCGAAAAUGAAAUUGAAAGUUUUGAGUUUUUGUUUGCAAUGUGCAUCUGGCAUAAUUUAUUAAAUAUCAUCAAUGCAGUGAGUAAAUUUUUACAGCGUGAAGAUAUUGAUAUUGAUCUGGCCUUGUCUAGAUCGGAAGAACUUAUAAUUUUUUUUAAAGAGUUCAGAGAAACUGGCUAUGACUCUUGUAAGGAUGAGGAAAAGGAACUUGCAUUGGAGUUGGAUGUUGAGCCUGUGUUUCCUGAAUAGCGAAAGAUUCACAGGCUAGUUCAUUUUGAUGAUCUUGGGACUGCCGGAGCUGAUGAUGAUCUGAAUUUGAGUGCUGAAGAAAAAUUUAGAAGGUACUUUUUCUUGUAUAUUGUUGAUGAAGGGGCCUUUCAAUUGAAAGAACGGUUUAAACAAUUUCAAGAUUAUCAGAACAAUUUUGGGUUUUUAUUUAACCUAAAGAAGCACCUGUCUAGUGAUGACGAGAGCUUAAAAUCUUGUUGAUGAAGCUUGAAGAAUAUCUUAAACAUGAUAUGCGAUCUGAUAUUGUUGGUGCAGAAUUGUUUAAUGAAUUGCUGGUACUACGAAUGGUUAUACCUGAUGAGAUAACAAAAUCAAUUGAUGUGCUUAAUUAUUUAAGCUCUAGUUUAAGACAGAUAAAUUAUCCAAAUGCUUGGAUUGCUUAUAGGAUCGUUGUGACCAUUCCUGUUACAGUCGUAGAGGCGGAAAGAACUUUUUCUAGGUUGAAGCUGAUCAAAUCUUAUCUUCGCUCUUCGAUGUCUCAAGAUAGACUUAAUGGAUUGGCUUUAUUGUCCAUUGAAAGUGAGAUGGCAGAUUCCCUAAAUUAUGAUAAAAUUAUAGAGAGAUUUGUAUCUCAAAAGCCAAGAAAAAAGUUUCAAAAUCAAUGAUGGCUAAGGAGGUCGAAAAUUUCAGAAUUGAAUACUACAAGAAACUCAGUUUGUUAUUUUUAUUCAAGUAUUAUAUAACUGAUUUUAUCGAAUUUGUGAUGAUCAAAAUAUUAGAAACCAAGGCUUAAAUGUGAUGCAUUCUUAUUCUUUUGUUUCA